ACCACUUCGGUUUCAUUCUUUUUCUUUCCUUGGGCGAAAAAGUCAUGAAUGGCCUCUUUGACUCGAAUUAUUUUUUUCUCUUGUUCAGUCAUGCAUGACUUCACGGACUUGAUCAAGUAUGCAUGUUCCUGCAGGCCAAAAGCAACGAAGGUGCUCCUCUCUUAAAUUAUUUAUAUAGUAGCCACCCUCACACUAGCCUUUCAAGCUAGGAAAACUGAAAUGGUGGUAGCAAUCAAGUAAAUUAUCAACUAGCAAAGUUGAAACUUGGAAGCCAGAGAGGGGAGUCACCAAAGAAAGAGAUGAAGCUCAAAUUGUUUGUACAUCGUCUAUCUCAGCCAUCCCGUGCAGUUCUCAUCUUCUGCAAGUUAAACAAAAUAGAGUUUGAGGAAGUCCAAAUUGAUCUCUCUAAAGGCGAGCACUUGUCUCCUGAAUUUAAAGAAAUCAAUCCCAUGCACAAAGUGCCAGCCAUGGAAGUGGAUGGAGGAUUUAAGCUCUUUGAGAGUCAUGCAAUUCUACGAUUUCUGGCUUGUGCUUCUCCUGGAGUUGCAGAUCAUUGGUACCCAGCAGACCUGUUCAAACGAGCUGAGAUCAACUCAGUUUUAGACUGGCAUCACGCCAAUCUACGACAUGGUUCAGCUGGAUUAGUCUUCCAUAGCAAACUGGCACCACUUUUUGGUCUGCCUUCGGAUGUACAAGCAGCAGCUGAGUGCGAAAAAGUGCUCUCAGCUUCUCUUGCAAAGAUCGAGUCCUUUUGGCUAAAGGAGGAAGGACAAUUUCUGCUGGGAAAUUCCAAACCUUCAAUUGCAGACCUGAGUUUGGUCUGUGAAACCAUGCAACUUGAGGCCUUGGAUGAGAAGGUUCGUCAACGGUUAUUAGACCCACAUGAGAAAGUUCGGAAGUGGGUGGAUGAUACAAGGAAUGCAAUGCAACCUUACUUUGGAGAAAUUCAUGGCGUCCUAUUUCAAUUGAAAGACAAACUAAAGGAGAUGGAGUCUGAUGAGUGAUGAGGCAAAUUAAAAUAAACUGACGUAUAGUCUGCUUAAAGUAAAACAGAUGCGGCAUUGCAGCUAUCUGUUUAGUUCCCUCAGUAUGAUUUCCAGGUUCUUUAAACCUUGAACAACCAUAUGAUUACGUGCAACGUUGUGUAAGUUUGAGUUACA